AUGGCGGCUACGUCAAACAAACGGCCUUUGCCUUCCAAGGUGGCAUCCAUGAAGGAUCGAAAGCGGCGAAAACUGGAUGGCAACGCUGGCUCAGCCAAGGACAGCAGCAAAACGAUAAAGUCCAAGGUACCCGCCAACUUAUUGUCAUGGAAGAGCGUAUCUAUGCCGGACCACAUGGACGAUUACGAAGGCUUCUUUGGGUUGGAGGAAGUGGACGAUGUGGAUGUUGUACGGGAUGAGGGGACGGGGCAGAUUUCAUUCAAUGCGAAGCCGAAGCCUGAAGGUACGAAGGAGGCCAAACCGAGGAGUGAUAGUAAGGAUUCUGGACCGGAGGAUUUCGAGGAGGAUGAUGCGGAGGCGGGUGGCGAGGUUGAGGAAUGGUCUGGUUUUGGCGACGAUGACGAGGUCCCGGAGAAGCCUACUGAGGCCAGGGAAGAUGUCUCAAAAGCACCGCGGCAGCCUAGCAAAUCUGAGAAGAAGCAAAAGCAGACGCCAAAGUCCAAUGCUGCGUCGGGCGGCAACGCCACGAACGGUGCUUUCAAGGGCCUGGAGGAUGGCGACGACGAAUCCGAUGAGGCCGAUAUCUCAGCAUGGCGCUCGCUUGACCUGUCGCCGGAUACCUUGUCUUCCUUGUCAAAGCUGAAGUUUGCCAAGCCCACGCCUAUACAGAAAGCAGCCAUCCCAGAGAUUCUAGGCGGUCACGACGUCGUUGGCAAGGCAUCUACGGGAUCUGGAAAGACGCUCGCUUUUGGUAUUCCGAUCCUCGAGACCUACAUUGAGCAACGUAGCAAACGCAAGACCGGGCAGAAUUCGCCACUUGCGCUCAUCCUUAGCCCAACCCGAGAACUGGCGCAUCAACUAGACAAGCACCUGACAGCGCUCUGCUCGAAUGGAACGUUUGAAGGGCCGUCAAUCGCGACACUCACAGGAGGCUUGUCUGUGCAAAAGCAGCAACGUCUGCUCAAACAUGCCGACAUCGUGAUCGGCACGCCAGGCCGGCUAUGGGAAGUUAUCAGCGAAGGCCAAGGUAUUAUUCGGGCAAUCCAGGGCAUACAAUACCUGGUCGUGGACGAAGCAGAUCGCCUCCUGAGCGAAGGCCACUUCAAAGAGGUGGAAGAGAUCCUAAAUGCACUCGACCGUACCGACAUAAACGACGACGAUGACACAGAACCCACUUCACCGCAACCGAACACCGCAGAGAAGCAACCCCGUCAAACCCUCGUCUUCUCCGCAACCUUCGACCGCAGCCUCCAACGCAAACUCGCCACCAAGUCCGCCCCCACCAACAACAACCUCCUCUCUAACAAAGAUUCCCUCACCUACCUCCUCUCUAAACUCAACUUCCGCUCCCCACCCCCCAAAUUCAUCGACGUCAACCCCGUCAACCAACUCGCCUCCAACCUCAAAGAAGGCCUCAUCGAAUGCUCCGGGCUGGAAAAGGAUCUCUACCUCUACACCCUGCUCCUCCUGCACCCGAACGCGCGGACCCUGGUCUUUACGAACUCCAUCAGCGCCGUACGCCGCCUCACCCCUCUCCUCCAGAACUUGAACCUUCCAGUCCUGCCGCUGCAUUCGGGUAUGCCGCAGAAAGCCCGCUUACGCUCUGUCGAGCGCUUCACCGCCUCGAAAAGCGAUAGCAACACGAACGCCAAAACGGCGAGUAUCCUCGUAGCCACCGACGUAGCGGCCCGCGGCCUGGACAUCCCCUCCGUGCAGCUAGUAAUCCACUACCACCUCCCCCGCGCCGCGGACACCUACGUCCACCGCUCCGGCCGCACGGCGCGAGCCGGCCAGACUGGCUCAAGCAUACUCAUCUGCUCACCCGAAGAAGUCGCCGGUGUGCGUCGUCUCGUCGCCAAGGUCCACGCCACUUCCGCAGAUGAAGGAAAAAGACAAGGCUACUUCAUCCGCACCCUCGACCUCGACCGCCGCCUCGUCUCCCGCCUCAAACCCCGUGCUACUCUCGCCAAAAAAAUCGCCGACGCCGGUAUGGCGAAAGAGAAAGGAAAACGCGAAGACGACUUCCUCAAAGCAGCGGCGGAGGAACUAGGCGUUGAAUACGAGAGUGAGGAAGACGGGAAAGGCCGGCGAGGACGUGGGGCGGGAAGGAAGAAGAAGGAGAAGGCGGGACGGGAAAUGGGGAGGGAGGAGUUGGGGGCCAUGAAGGCGGAGUUGAAAAGUUUGCUGGGGAAGAGGGUGAAUGUGGGGGUUAGUGAGCGGUAUUUGACGUCUGGGGGGGUGGAUGUUGAUGAGUUGCUGGCGCAGCAGAAUAGUGGCGGCAGUGGUUUCCUUGGUGGGGUGCAGGAUCUGGGGAUGUAA